UACCGAAACUGCAAAUUAACAGGAAGGGGGACGUUUGUAAUUCACUCUUUAAUUUGAUUUGUUCCACAAUGAACAAGAAUCGGAUCUCACAGCACGAGAGAGUGAUCCUCACUCAUGAUCUUUCAUUCAGAUCUCUCAACUUAUCGACCUCCCAUUCCCUGAAAAAUCCACAGCAUUCAAAAUGGCUGGAGGUGCUGCGGGAGGUUUUCUUACUCGGGCAUUUGAAUCAAUGCUCAAAGAAUGUUCCGGGAAAAAGUAUAGUUCUAUUCAGACUGCAAUCCGUUCUUAUCUAGAUACUUCAAAAGCAACCAAUCAAGAGUCAACAUCAAGUAAUAGCAACAAAUCACCUUCAACUAAUGAUAAGAGUGAUGAUGGGACUCCAAGAAGUGAAAUGGAGUCAGAAACUAAUGAUUCAAGUGGAGGCAUCACAAAGACUUUGGCAAAUGCUGGAUGUGAUUUGGAAGGAGCUCAAUUGGAACUUGUUCUUAAUCCACUUCGACUUGCAUUUGAAACCAAGAAUCCAAAAGUUAUUGAACUUGCAUUGGAUUGUAUUCAUAAACUCAUUGCUUAUGAUCAUCUAGAAGGUGAUGCUGGUUUAGAAGAUGGAAAAAAUGUUCCAUUGUUUACAGACAUAUUGAAUAUGGUGUGUAGUUGUGUUGAUAAUAACUCACCUGAUAGUACAAUUCUUCAAGUUUUGAAAGUGCUACUUACUGCAGUAUCUUCUGCCAAGUUCAGAGUUCAUGGGGAACCAUUGAUGGGAGUAAUUAGAGUGUGCUAUAAUAUUGCUCUUAACAGUAAAAGUCCUGUUAAUCAAGCUACAUCCAAGGCUAUGUUAACUCAAAUGAUCAGCAUAGUAUUCAGGCGAAUGGACAAUGACUCGGUGUCUUCAGAUGAUCCACCUAUAAACAAAAAAAGUGAUGCAUUCAUGAGAGUUCAAGAAAGUUUAUCAGUUGAUGAUGAAAGUCAAAUGUUGACUCCAACUUCCCACAGCAAUUCUAUUGCACCCCUUGAAGAGCUUCAGAAUCUUGCUGGUGGAAAUGACAUAAAGGGAUUGGAGGCAGCUCUUGACAAGGCUGUGCAACUUGAAGAUGAUAGAAAGACUAGUGGGGUUGAUCCUGAGAGCAUGAGCAUUGCAGAACGUGAUGCAUUACUUGUUUUUCGCACCCUUUGCAAGAUGAGUAUGAAAGAAGAUAAUGAUGCAUUCACCACAAAGACACGAAUUCUAUCUCUUGAACUUCUACAGGGCUUGUUAGAGGGUGUUAGUUACUCAUUUACUAAGAACUUCACUUUCAUUGACUCGGUCAAAGCUUACUUAUCAUACGCUUUAUUGAGGGCAUCAGUUUCAACAUCUUCAACAAUCUUUCAGUAUGCAGCUGGGAUCUUUUCAGUGCUUUUGUUGAGAUUUAGGGAAGGACUUAAGAUUGAAAUUGGCAUCUUCUUCCCUCUUACUGUGUUGAGACCUUUGGAUAGCUCAGAAUGUCCUUUGAAUCUCAAAUUAAUGGUGAUUCGGAUGCUAGAGAAGAUUUGCAAGGAUCCUCAGUUGCUUAUUGAUCUAUAUGUGAACUAUGAUUGUGAUUUUGAUUCUCCUAAUUCAUUUGAAAGAAUGGUUACAACUCUUUCCAAAAUAGCUCAAGGGACACAAGAGUUGGAUCCUAACAAUGUUAACUCUAUCCAAACUGGAACACUUAAAGGAUCCUCACUUCAGUGCCUUGUGAAUGUGUUGAAAUCACUUGUUGAAUGGGAGAGUUUACGAAGAGAAUCAAAGCAGAAUAAAGACAAAGAGAGACAAUCUGUUCAUGGAGAUGUGACACCUUGUGAUUCAAAAGCAAAAGAUAGCAACGGAUUAACAAGUAAUUUUGAGAAAGUUAAGGCUCAAAAAUCCACCAUGGAAGCAGCAAUCUCUGAGUUCAACAGACACCCUGCAAGGGGAAUUGGAUUUCUCACAGCAAAUAGGUUAGUGGAAAAUACACCUGUUGCAGUUGCACUUUUUCUCAGAAACACAUCCAGUUUGGAUAAGGCAAUGAUUGGUGAUUACUUGGGUCAACAUGAAGACUUUCCUCUUGCUGUAAUGCAUGCUUAUGUUGACUCCAUGAAUUUUUCUGGAAUGAAAUUUCAUACAGCUAUUCGGGAGUUUCUUAAAGGGUUCAGACUUCCUGGAGAAGCACAAAAGAUUGAUCGAAUAAUGGAAAAAUAUGCAGAAAGAUAUUGUGCAGAUAAUCCAGGUCUUUUCAAGUCUGCAGAUACUGCAUAUGUUCUUGCAUAUGCAGUGAUAAUGUUAAACACAGAUGCUCAUAAUCCAAUGGUGUGGCCUAAAAUGUCAAAAUCCGAUUUUGUGCGCAUGAAUGCCACAAAUGACCCUGAAGAAUGUGCUCCAACAUAUCUUCUAGAAGAAAUAUACGAUUCCAUUGUUAAAGAAGAGAUCAAAAUGAAAGAUGAUAAUGUUGGAAUCGGAAAAAGCAAUAAACAGAAGGUGGAAACAGAGGAAAAAGGCGGGGGUAUUGUUGGUAUUUUGAAUUUAGCUCUUCCAAAACUGAGGAAUGUGUCUGAUAAAAGUGAGAGUGAAGGUAUUAUUAGACAAACUCAGGAGAUAUAUAGGAUUCAAGGAGCAAAAAGAGGUGUUUUUUAUACUUCACAAAGGAUUGAGCUUAUAAAGCCUAUGGUUGAAGCUGUAGGGUGGCCUUUACUUGCUACAUUUUCUGUUACAAUGGAGGAGAAGGAAGUUAAGGCACGUGUUGCUCUUUGUAUGGAAGGUUUUAAAGCUGGAAUUUAUAUUACUCAUGUGCUUAGAAUGGAUACCAUGAGAUAUGCCUUUUUGACUUCAUUAGUCAGAUUCACAUUCUUACAUGCACCAAGAGAUAUGCUGAGUAAAAACGUUGAAGCAUUAAGAACUCUUAUAGAUUUAUGUGAUUCAGAGCCUGAUACACUCCAAGAUACAUGGAAUGCAGUUCUUGAAUGCAUAUCAAGGCUAGAAUAUACCACAUCUAACCCUGUAAUGACUGCUACUGUUAUGCAUGGAUCUAACCAGAUAUCCAGGGACACAAUUGUCCAUUCACUUAAAGAGUUGGCUGGGAAACCAGCUGAGCAAGUUUUUUUAAACAGUGUUAAACUCCCUAGUGAAUCUGUGGUGGAGUUUUUUUCAGCUUUAUGUAACAUUUCGGGUGAAGAAUUGAAGCAGACUCCACCUCGUAUUUAUAGCUUGCAGAAACUUGUGGAGAUUAGUUACUACAAUAUGUCUCGUAUUCGCAUGGUAUGGGCUAGAAUAUGGUAUAUUCUUUCUAAUCAUUUUAUUGCUGCUGGAAGUCAUCAUGAUGAGAAAAUUGCAAUGUAUGCAAUAGAUUCUUUAAGACAACUUGGGAUAAAAUAUUUGGAACGUGAAGAACUUGCUAAUUUCACAUUCCAAAAUGAUAUCUUGAAACCUUUUGUUAUUUUAAUGCGAAUCACUCGAGCUGAAUCAAUCAGGAAAUUGAUUGUCGAUUGCAUUGUUCAGAUGACAAAACUAAAAGUUGGAAGCAUUAAAUCUGGAUGGAGAAGUGUGUUUAUGGUUUUUACAGCUGCUGCAAGUGAUGAGCUGGAAUCAAUUGUUGAAAGUGCUUUUGAGAAUGUAGAACAAGUUAUAUUGGAGCACUUUGAUCAAGUUGUUGGUGAUUGUUUUAUGGAUUGUGUGAACUGCUUAAUUAGUUUUGCAAAUAGUAAAAGUUCUCAUCGAAUCAGUUUGAAAGCAAUUGCACUUCUUCGUAUAUGUGAGGAUCGACUUGCAGAGGGACUCAUACCAGGUGGAAAGUUAAAACCAAUUCAUACAAAUAUGGAUACAAAUUAUGAUAUCACAGAGCAUUAUUGGUUCCCAAUGUUGGCUGGUUUAUCUGACCUAACAUCUGAUCCUAGACAUGAGGUCAGCAAAUGUGCACUUGAGGUUUUGUUUGAUUUGUUGAAUGAAAGAGGAAGCCAUUUUACACCAACAUUUUGGGAAAGUAUUUUCCACCGAGUUCUUUUUCCUAUUUUUGAUCAUGUGAGACAUGCUGGAAAAGAAUCUCCAGGCUUUAAGAAAGAUGGGUGGCUUCGUGAAACUAGUGUUCAUUCUCUUCAGUUGUUGUGUAACCUUUUCAACACAUUUUAUAAGGAGGUGUGUUUCAUGCUAUCUCCACUCCUAAAUCUACUAGUAGAUUGUGCGAAAAAGACGGAUCAAUCCGUGGUUUCAAUAUCACUUGGAGCACUUGUUCAUCUUAUAGAAGUUGGAGGACACCAAUUCAUUGGUGCUGAUUGGGAUACCUUGUUGAAGAGCAUAAGGGAUGCUUCUUACACCACUCAACCCCUUGAGCUUCUGAAUGCUUUGACCCUUGAAAGUACAAAGAGUUAUUCGAUUACGGAUGGAGGUUUGAAAGUUCAACCAGAAAGUAGUAGCAGUCCUUCUAUUUUGUCUCCUGCAAGUGAUAAAAAUUUAUUAAUGGUGGGAAAAGAUCAUCAAGAUGACAGACCAUCAACAGAUCCACAAGAAUCAGAAGGUCAAAGUCAAACUCCUUCAUCCAAAAAUGUUGAGAAAUCUCCUCAAAGAGCAAGUUUACAAAGGACUCGAACAGUAGGUCAAAGAUUAAUGGGAAACAUGAGGGAUAAUCUUCUUGUUAGAAGUUUCACUUCUAAACCUAAAAGUCAGAUUUUGGAUGCCCUAAUUCCACCUUCCCCAUCUAAGGCUCAUGAAGAGGAUAAUGAAUUUGAUGAAGAAAGUCCAUUUAUGGGAACAAUAAGAAGCAAAUGCAUAACUCAAUUGCUACUCCUAGGAGCCCUUGAUAUCAUCCAGAAAAAAUACUGGAGCAAAUUGAAGGGUGAUCAAAAGAUUACAAUUCUUGAAAUUUUAUUCUCCAUGUUAGACUUUGCAGCAUCCUAUAAUUCCUACAAUAACCUCAGGUUACGAAUGCAACAUGUUCCUCCUGAAAGGCCUCCAUUAAACCUCCUUCGCCAAGAAUUAACAGGAACUUCCAUUUACUUAGAUGCGCUACAAAAGACAGCUUCUGGAAUUCAUAAUCCAAACACAAAUCAAGACCUUGUAACAUCACCACAUCAUGAUGAUGAUGAUGAUGAUGAUAGGGUUAAAGUCGAUGCAGAAAAAAAGCUCGCGUCGUUUUGUGGACAAGUGCUGAAAGAAGCUUCUGAUUUUCAAUCGAGUAUUGGAGAUGCGAAUAAUAUGGAGAUUCAUCAAGUUCUUGAACUUCGUUCGCCUAUUGUCGUUAAGGUGCUUAAGGGUAUGUGUUCAAUGGACAACAAGAUAUUCAGGAGACACCUUGAAAGCUUCUACCCUCUGAUCACUAAGCUCGUAUGCUGUGACCAGAUGGAUGUUCGUUGCGCUUUAGCUGAUCUUUUCAGUAUGCAAUUACAUGGAUUGAUCCAGUAACUCAUCAUAGUAAAAACACAGUUUUCAAGGACGUAAAAUUACCAAAAAGACACAUCAUAUGUGAGUAAUUUUUGAAGCAGAAAAAGUUUUGUUUACAAUAUCAUGGGUUAAAUUCAAUAAAUAGUUUGGCAACUUUAUUUCUUCUUAUUAUUUUCU